AUGUCAGCAGGACCCAGAAAAAAGGGGAUAAGAAAAGGGGAUAAGAAAAGGCGCAAGACCAGAAAGGAAAGCUAUGCUAUUUAUGUGUACAAAGUUCUGAAACAGGUGCACCCGGACACUGGGAUUUCAUCCAAGGCGAUGGGCAUUAUGAAUUCCUUCGUGAAUGAUAUCUUUGAGCGCAUUGCUGGAGAAGCUUCACGUCUGGCUCACUACAACAAGCGCUCCACCAUCACAUCCAGAGAGAUCCAGACCGCUGUGCGCCUGCUACUGCCUGGAGAACUGGCCAAACACGCUGUGUCUGAAGGCACCAAGGCUGUGACCAAGUACACCAGCUCCAAGUGAAUGGAACAUAAGUGAUUUCUGCUGGUUUAGUCCAGGAUUCCUCUCUGGCCUGCACAAAAUACAGCCUGAUUUUAAUGGCGGGGCGUUAAAGUACUGUGCAUUGCAGUCAUUUGUUGUUUAUUCUUCUUUUAACUUGGAAAUUGCUUUAAUUUGGACUGUACUGGCAGAUCUUUUUGAAUGUGGUUGUGUAAUAUGUCUGCUUAUGUGAAGGCGUGUGUAAUAGUUGUGGUGCUGUGUAGCUCAAGUGCUGAAGCUGAAUGAGAGCACCUAACACCGCUGUGGUUCCAUCCAGAAAGCCUGAAGACAGCUAGAAAAUCAUCUGCUGAACUGUACUGAUUAAUAACAAAACUGUGUUUUACUCAUGAACAUUAUUGGUUCACAAUGAUUUUUGUCGAAUCAAGAAAAUAAACAUCUUGAUUUAUGUAAGCACCAA